AUGGCUGCUGGUCCCAACUAGACAUGCCCACUGCCCAGCCUUUCUCCAAAAGCUGAUAACCGCAACUUGGUCGGAACCUGGGACCAGCGAGCAGAUUGCAUCCUUUUGCCCCGCACGCCGUACAACGCCCUACCCGUCACACGCCACGACACCUCACGUUUCUGUUCUUGCACCACUGGUUAGUGGCAGUACCCCGUGACUGAUAUAGCUUCCCUCCGCAUUCCCCAACAUUCAGUAGCUCUGUCACACUUCGCUUCCCAUCUCACUUCCACCCGCGACUCUCGACAUGGCUUUCCAAAUACCUUCAGUACCUAUUCUCCCAGCUUCAGACAUGGCCUCUCUCGCAACACAUCCCUUCUGCCACGGGUUUCCCCAACCCUUCCUAGCAAUGCCUUCGACGCACAGCGCUCUCCCCUUUCCCCAGGACCACCAGCACCCUGUAACCGCCCUCCGCGCGUCUCCCUCCCACCGCUCCUGCGAGCUGUGCUCGCAGCCGGCGGCUCUCCGCUGCGACGCGGAUUCCGCGUUCCUCUGUGCGUCGUGCGACGCUGCGGUGCACUCCGCGAACUUCAUCGUUCUUCGCCACGCGCGACACCUGCUCUGCGCGCUCUGCAGCGCGCCCACUUCCUGGGAGGCCCCCGCGCCGUUUCAUCACCUCGCGGGUGCGUCCCCGUCACAGGUCGUUUGUGACUCGUGCUUAGCGGUCGGCGCGGUUAGCGGCAUUGCGGCGAACGCCGCGCUUCACACGCCGAGCUCUAUGAGCGCAAACAUGGCUGCGUCGCUGUUCCCCCUCCACGCGUACGCUGCCGCCCUUUCAAGCUCCGCGUUCGCCCCUUCGCCCGCGUCGAACGUCGCAGCUCCACUUCAGGCUCCGGCGAAGCGCCACAAGGCCGCAGAGGGAUACCCGAAGAGUUUAUUCGCGGGAAUGGCUGGCGCUGGGGAUUGCUUGCCCUUCGCCCAAUACCCCCUGCACGCAAAGCUUUCUCAGAUUCACGUGCAGCAGCAGCAGCAGCAGCUGCCGUCUCUGCUCCUCGCAGGAACGACUCUCUCGCAAAACAGCCUCCUUACAGCCAAUCAGGGACUGCCAACUUGCCCGUUAUCCUCUUCCUCCUCCUCCUCCUCCUCCUCCUCGCCGCCAGAAACACUCCAGCUUUUUCCGACGGCGAUCCCGACCGAAGGAGUCACAGAAAGUGUUACUGUAACGCCCUCGCUGACGGACAGGCCUGCUUCGCGUCAGCAACUCGUGCUCGCGGAGUCCCCUGAGGUUGCUGACGUGGCGGGUGUCGUUCCGGAUCUAAACGAAUCUCUCUGCAACGAGAAUCAAACGGUCCCUGGCUCUCUCCCCAGCCUUAAGCCGGGAAGCUCUCGAGCCUCCACGGGAAAGCGGCACUACCGGGAUGAGCAGGUAGUGGUAGCAGAUGAGGCGCGAACCGUUCUGCAGGAGAGUGGUGCGAGCGGGCAGGGACGGAAUGUUCUCGGGCAGCUUGCGGCUGCCCGGCUGAAGCGCGUUCUUUCAUCCUGGUAUUCCAGGCUGGCGCUCCGUGGGCCGCACGUGUCUGACCUGGCGUUCCACAUCUUCCAGAAGGUUCUGCGAAAGCUCCAGCCCGGCAGGGUGGCAGCAGACUCGCUAAGAGUGACGCUGGCGGCGUGCAUGUGGACGGCUGCCAAGCUGGACGAUAACCAGAAGACGCUACCCAAGGCGUCCGACGUGGCAGCAGUGGCCCGCGUGCCAGCUCAGCGCCUGCAAGCUGCUGAGCUGGACGUGAUGAAGCUGGUGGGGUGGAGGCCUCUGGAGGGCUUCACUGGAUUUCAUAGAUGAUGGGGGCAGGUCAAGAGAGACACGAGAUUAGAGGCAAGUCAAGAGACACGAGAUGAGAGACAAGUUGAGCCCCUUCAGCAAACAUGCUCUUGUGCAGCAGACAUGCGCCGAGGCAGCAGCAAGUGUGAAAGUGCAUACCCACAUCAUGGCAAUGGGAUGGACAGUGGCAUGCGCAUGGGUUCAGCUACCCAUAUCAUGGCAACCAUUGGGUUGCUAGCUAUGGAGGCUCUCUAUUAUACGGUACUAAAGCCUAACACCUCUUAGUAGAUUAUAGAAGCCUAGGAGCUGCUGAUUAGAUGCUCUUGUAAACGUUAACCUGUGCAUAUUACAGGGCCUACCUUGAAAGCUAAACGCCACUAUUCAUGAGCUCCAUUUGUGUAACGAAUCAUAAUUUAUUAGA